AUGCCGACGGAUGCAAAGCUCCAGAUACUCAUCGCGGCGGUGGGCGCCGUAGCGCUGCAGCAAUUCGUGUCACGACGUCGCUAUCAAGCUAUAGAAGCGGAGAAGGUAAAGCAGCUGAAGUCUCAAGCAAAACAGCUGGCUGAAGGCAGUGAUACAGACGACGAGGCAUUUGUGGUGGAGAUCGAGUAUUGCACAGGCUGCCGCUGGAUGCUGCGUGCCGCGUGGAUGGCACAGGAGCUGCUCACAACGUUCCAGCAGGACGAUAACAGCCGUCUUCGGUCCGUGACGCUGACACCCAACUCGCGUCAAGGAGGCGUGUUUAACGUGUAUUUGCGAGAUGUGGGGCCCAAUGCGGAUCCAGAUGCCGAACCAGAAAUGCUGUGGUCUCGCAAGAUCGCGCGUCGGUUCCCCGAAUCCAAGGAGCUUAAGCAACUAGUGCGUGACAUUGUGUGUCCUGAACGGGGACUUGGCCACUCGGACAAAAAGUAAACCGAGAAGAGCGUGAGAUUCCAAUCGCUUAUCGCUGCCAAAACUAUUAAAUCCUGCUAUUGAGGCGCUCGAAGGUUCGCCAUGACAGUGGGAAGAGAUGAUCGAUUUGAACCUCCUGGAAACACGGCACUUGGGCUGAUACAUCACAUGUUCGUUGGUUUCGACAGAUAUAAUUUUGCUAAUAAAGUCGCUGAACGUACCGUGAA